GUGUAACGAAUAUUCUAGAUCAACAUCAACAGACGAGUCGAUAUAGCCAUAUCCCUCUGUCUGUUUAUAUGCGAACGAGUCGCUUAGCUUCAAAGCUAUCGUCUUUAAGCUUUACGUAGAUCCCUUUUUGGCAGUACACAUAUUGAAACCGGAUCGGACCAACGUACCAAUGCCACAGCAUGGGUACCGCCAGUCUGGAAGUACCGGAAUUGAUUACCUUAACCGGUAAUAACAAUCAUUUGGCCUUGCCCGAUGUGAAGCGCAUCACGGACAUACGCAAAUUUAUGGAUGAAUCGAAGAAUAUCAAUGGCAGCUUCGAGAAACUAUCAGAAUUUAUUUUGGGCCAGGAGCAACAGUGCCACGACAUAACGAAACUGCUCAAGGAGCAGGUGCAGAUCAAAAUGGAUGCACUGCGUCAGGUGAAGGAGGAUAUGCUGGAGCUACAGCGUCAGCUAAAAGCGCCGGGUGCCAGCGAACGCUUUACCAAGGGUCACAAGGUACUGGUAAAGUUCUAUGAUGAGACGGAAAUAAAUGAAUACGAGGUGCCCGAUGCAUUGGCCCGCUACAGCUUGAAGAUGAGCUCACUUUACGGUGAAAUUCUGGCACUCGACAGCGAUGUCGACUAUGUGGCCUAUCUGGCCAGCAUUGCCAGGGUAAAUAAGGAUUAUGUCGCGGACUGGCACAGACACGAAAAAAUCGAAAAGGCCAGAAAAACGGUGAUUAAGAAUAAAAGCGGUGGCGAUGCCAAGUAGCUUCAGUUGCUUCAAAGA